UUGAUGUGUCUGUGUAUAAUUGAGUUGAGAAACAAAGACUUCACUCUUUUUCUUCCUCUUAGAACAGUAAAGAGCAGAGAGUAACAAGUAUAGAUUUCUCACCGACACAAAUUUGAGAUCGUAUCUACACUACGAGUUCUUAGUGGCAAAGCCAAGAAAUAGUCAUAGUAGCCAUGGAGGCUCAAACGCAGAUGCAACAGCUUGUUCCGGUGUUCAAUGGAGGCGAAUAUGAGCUUUGGAGUAUCAAAAUGAAGACCUUACUGAUGUCUCGUGACCUAUGGGAUGUUAUAGAGGAUGAAACCUCGGAUCAGCCUAUGGAAGAAGAAUUGGCUAAGUCACAGAGAGAUCUAAGAAUCAAGGAUAUGUCGGCUCUUUAUAUGCUUCAGAUGUCGGUAACUGACACGAUCUUUCUUCGGAUAGCAAGAGCUACCUCGUCGAAGCAAGCAUGGGAACUUUUGAAGGCGGAGUUUGGAGAAACAGAGAGGAUUCGGAGUAUGAAGAAACAGAAUGUUGGCAUGAUGUAUGAGAAUUUGAUAAUGGGAGAAGAAGAAAGUGUUGACGAGUUUGCUUGGAGAGUGAUGAAUCUUGCUAACCGGUUAAGGUUCUAUGGAAGAAACAUUCCUGAUGAUGAUGUCAUCUUUAGGAUUCUUAUGAAGUUGCCCGCCAGUUAUCAUGAGUCUGUAUCAUACAUUCGAACUUUAAAAGACGUUACAAUCACUGAGGUUGUUGAGAUGUUGCGAGGUGAUGAAUGGAGGCAAACGCUUAUGGAUGAAGAAGCUUCCGGGAGCCAAAAAUGGUGUGAGUUUUGCAGGAAGAAGAGUCAUGACACCUCGGAAUGCUAUUCAAAGAACAAGAAAGUAAGACGGUAGAGAGAAUCCUUGGUCAUUUGCAUAAUCUUAUUAUAAGAUUCUUAUAUAUUAAAAGAGAAGUCACCAUUUUACUUAUGUGUGUUUUUUUUUAAUUUGGAUUAAUUUUA